CUUCGUCUCUGAGAUUUACCACCAUGUAGUUUACCCUGUAAACGCCUAACAACUCGCACAAGUAUUCAGCGUCAUAGAAAGAAAAAAAAGACUUCUGUCUCUUUCUCUCUCUACGACGCGGCCCGUCCCGACGAGUGUCUUCAUUUGUUGCCCGUGCGCUCACGGCGUUCGCACGUAGUAUUCUCGGAGACCGAUAAUACAAUUAACCUACCCGUUUUUUUUUUCAUAUACAUUUAUCGAUCUAAUAAGUGCGAUCUUGUACUUAGUUUUUUUUGCACUAUGCCUAAACGCAAGUAUGAAGGUGAAAGUAAAGAGGAUCGUUAUGCAAGAAAAUUACGAAAGUAUGAAGAAAAAUUAAAGGAACGACGACGUAAAAAUCGGCCACGAAUACUUUAUUCAAGUGACGAGGACCUAAACGGUGAAGAUGACCGGGAAAUCUCAAUACCGCCACCGGAGGAGUCGGAAAUAUUUCCGGAAUGUUCAUUACAAGGCGAAAAUACUUCCCAGGCUGGUGAACCUGUGGUCAACGCAGCUGAAAACACAACCUCUACUACCAGAGCUGAGGGCACCGAUGUAGUUCCAGUAUGUGACAUAGAACCGGAAUUGCUAAAGGCUUUAGGGGACUUUGAACCGGAGACCGUUGAGUGGGGCGAUAAUGUACAGGAGGAUAUUGCUAAACGUUUCCAACAUUUGUUAUCACAUGGCCUACAAAAAGAAGCCAAAGAACAACUUACAAAGAAAUAUUUAUUUGCAAAAAAUAUUUCUUUUGCUAAAGCCCCAACUCUAAAUCCGGAAAUAGCAACCAUGCUCACAGAGUCCUUCCGGAAUAGAGAUAAACGUAUGUUAAAUAAACAAGAACAGCUUGGUCGUGCCUUAUCUUCUUUAAGUGCUGCAAUGACGGCUUUAUUGAAGAAGAAUCCAGAUCUAUCCGAGGUCAUGAGUAUUUUAAAUGACACCGGCAAACUGCUCGCUGACUCCCAUUUUACCGAAACAGAAAGCCGCCGCGCCAUGAUAGGCCCGUUGGUUGAUAAAUCAUUCAUGGAAUUGUUCAAAGAUAGAAAACGAGACACUAUGUUAUUUGGGGAAAAACUAGGUGACCUCGUUAAAAAUUCCCGCGGCAUUAGCCGGACCGGCCAAUACAUACAAUCAACUGUUUCUAAUAUGAGUGGGUCCAAUUUAAACGGAAGAGGCCAACCGCUGCGAAGUCGACCUCCUCAACGAGCGACACCGAACUAUCAGUAUCGGACCGGAGGACAACGCAACCAAUAUGCGACCCGUCGACGAGCACCAGUGCCGGCGCACACCAAUGCCCGCCGCCAGGCCGCUGCCCCGCCGCCGCCAGCGCGCCGCCAGCCUCCGUCUGCGACGCGCCCUCCACCUCCGACCUCCGGCCGCACGAACACCUAAAUUCUCCACCUCAGACAAUUUCACCCGCUACACCGCCAUCUUUCCCUGGAAGCGAGCGUGUUAUGCGGGAGGGCUUCAUAAAACAAGGUGUCCCUGAGUCUGCAGUAGAAGUAAUGCUUUCAUCUAUUUCUGAAAACACGAAAUCACAGUACUCUUCUAGUUUAAAACAAUGGUGGGAAUACACUAAAAAUAAAAAAUGUGAUUUUUAUGAUGUAAGUUUAGAAUCUCUUUUAGAUUUUCUCACAGAAUGUAUGAAGUCUGGUUCCUCCUAUGGAACCCUUAAUAAUCACCGUUCAGCUAUAUCAUUAAUUUCCUCCAAUAAGAUCGGACAAAAUGAUACAAUCAAGAGAUUUUUCAAAGGUGUGUUUAAAUUGAGACCUAGUUUUCCACGUUAUAAUUUUACUUGGAAUCCUAAUGUUGUAUUAAAUUAUGUUGAAACUUUGUUUCCUAAUGAAUCAAUAAGUUUACAAGACUUAACAAAGAAAUUAGUUAUAUUGCUUGCACUGGCCACUGGUCAAAGGAUUCAAACAAUUUCAUUAAUUAAAACCAAAAAUAUUUAUACGUUUACUGAUAGAAUAGUAAUUACCAUUACAGACUUGAUUAAGACUUCAGGUGUUGGACGUCAACAACCUACACUAAAUUUGCCUUUUUUCACCCAAAGACCAGCCAUUUGCCCGGCUUCUUGUUUACAGACGUACAUUAAAACUUCUGAACUCAGAAGGACGAGUAAUGUAGCUAACCUGUUGCUUACAUAUAAAAAGCCUUAUUAUAGGGCAGCAACUACUCAGACCAUCAGGCGCUGGGUAAAGGAUAUUUUAGAAUCCAGUGGCAUCGAUACCACCAUAUUCAAUGCUCACAGCACCCGACACGCAUCCACUUCGGCUGCUUCGCGUGCUGGUGUGAGUUUAGAUAUCAUUCGAAAAUGCGCAGGAUGGUCGGAGCAGUCUGAAACUUUUGCAAAUUUUUACAACCGGCCUGUGCUUGAUUGUAAUCCUAGUUUGAUUAAUAUUGAGGAUGAAUAAGUUUGUUUCAUUAUGUUCUUGUUAUGUAUUAAUAUUUUUGUGAAAUUAUUAAGUCAAUAGAUUGACCAUAUUUUCCUA